AGGUUCGUCAGGGUCAUACCAGAAACACUACUCACGUUCAUUUUUUUAAAAAAAAUACGUCCAAGGGAACUUCCCAUACAGUCAAUAAGGAGUCUGUAUUUCACACUUUAAAUAUUCGCUUUUAAGGAAUGGUUAGAUCUUACCCGUUCCUUCAAAACAACGUCUGCAUGUGAAUAAUAAAAGGCUAUCAUGAAAAACCGACGCAACGUAGCUGGAUUGUUUACCAAUGGAAAAACGAAUCGAAUAUUAGGAGAUAUUCACCCAGCCAUCCAUCUUCAAAAAGUUUUUGAAAUUGGAUAUCUAUGGACGCCUUAACCGAAGCCGCCGCAGUUAAUGCAGCCACGCCUGGCAUGACGGCAUGGGGGAAUGAGGCCUGGCUUAACCUCACCGAAGCGAACGGCACUAACCUGACAGAGAGCUGCGAAGCGCACAGUGCUGAUUUCCAGUACUUGAUGCUGCCAAUCGUCUACAGCAUCGUUUUCGUGCUCUCUAUGAUCGGCAAUCUCACCGCUCUGGCACAUUUCCUGCACUCGCAGUCCGUCACGCAGCCCUCGCAUGUUUUUUUGGUGAAUUUGUGUGCCAUUGACCUCCUUUUCACACUCACGCUGCCCUUAAAUGUGCUUUACCAUGUGGGCCACAACCACUGGCCCUUCGGGGAGGAGGCGUGCAAAGUGAACGGGGCACUCUUCUUCGGAAACCUGUACGGCAGCUCCCUCUUCUUGAUGCUCAUCUCGCUGGACCGCUACCUCGCUGUCGUCCACCCACUGCGCGCCCUCCGACUACGCCAUCCCAAAUACCGGAUCCUGAUAUCUUGCUCGGUGUGGCUAGCUCUGAUCUCUGUCAUCCUCUACCUAACCCUACGGGUCCCUGCGACCCGGCCCUUCCCGUCUGGGCUCAUCGCCUGCAUGGAGAACUUCUCUUCGGACUCGUGGCACGGCCGCGUCUCCGCCGUCAUCCUGCUGGCAAGCGUGCUGAGCUUCUUCCUGCCCCUGUCUGUCAUUGCCACCUGCUACCCGCUCAUCGCCUGCAGACUGCUGAGCCGCCAGGCCGAGGACAGCGAGGCGGGGGGCGGAGUCUCGGCGCAGCGGGGCUCGCGGAGGAUGCGCAGGCGCGCCCUGCGCAUGGUGCUUCUAGUCCUGGCCGUCUUCCUGCUCUGCUUCACCCCAUAUCACCUGAACCAGCUGCUGCACACGCUGGCCCGCAUGGACGUCCUGGCUGGCUGCCCUAUCCUCCGUUUCACCUACCCCAUGCGGCGCAUCACCAUGGCCCUCUGUAGCUUUAACGCCUGCCUGGACCCGCUGGUGUACUGCCUGGCCUCCGAGAGCUUCCAGUGGAGGCAGGCCUGGAGGUGCUGCAGAUGUGACCGAGUGAGCAAGAGGCUGAGACAGACGGUGGGCCGUGGCUAGAGGUGGCUGGAAGGCCUGCGAGAAAUGGCUUGCGGAAUGAACAUUUCGCUGGCCCAGUGGGUGCUCUGCCCUUCCGGUUUCAAAAAGACAGCGUUCCUCUUAUAAAGAAGGAUGCUUCCAUCUGCAUGGACAAACCAAGACUAACCCAGGAGCUUGUAGUUCAAUGAUGAUGAGAUCAAAAGGGUCUGUCUCUAACCAGGGACCAGAAAAUGAAGACAGAGCAGAGCUCCUACCAGUAAUAUGUGACAUUAUAAAUGAUUGAGAACUAUGGGUGAGGGGAGGGUCCCAUUUGAAUAUUUCUCGUCUUGGGGAUGGUCCCGGUAUGAGGCAGAAAACACCGUGGCUACGUUCUGAAGGAUAUUUAAAACUUUGUUUUGUUUAGAGAAAGAAAUAAGAGUGGAGGAGAUGAUAGCCAAGGGACAUGGAGAGCCAGGGGGAUUCGGGGGCCCAGCACUUUAUAGGGGCCCCAAAUGCAACUGUAACCCCCGCGCCCCCCUCCAGCUGAGCAAAAUGUAUUGUGGGGGUCCAAGAUGAUAUUUUUCCCAGGCAGCCUAGAAUUUCUAGCUGCACCUCGUGGAAGCAUGAAAGCAUCAACAACGGAUCUACAAAGUUCUACAAAAUGUUCACAAAACAGGGGCAUGGAACCCGGGUUGGAGACCCUUAAUGUACCAGUCAAUGCCAGUUAAUAGAGUGCUGCUGGUGAACUGAUCGGAUAGAUGUACAAUAACAGUUACACAAUGAUAACAAUCUUUGGGAAACCAAAGUUGUUUACUUUUUGAACGUUAGUCAGGUGUGACUUCCGUACUAUGGACAGUUCCACCUUGAAUAUCUAUUUAAAUUUACAGUUACUUCAGACACUCCUGGGUGCUGAACAUUCAUUUGUAAUUAGAAUGUAGUUUAGUUCUAAAUUAGGUUCAGAUGAGAGCUAAAAGUGUAAUAACAUGUACAUGAUUACAAAAUUAUCCAGAUGAACGCAAAAGUAAAAUUUAUGAUUGGAGCUCAUUUUCAGGAUUAAGCAGCCGUGCAAUGCUGAAGUAAGUACCUCUGUUAUUUUUAUUCAUAUUGAACAGGGUGGUGCAGUGGUCAGCACUGUUGCCUCACACCUCUGGGACCCAGGUUCGAGUCUCCGCCUGGGUUACAUGUGUGUGGAGUUUGCAUGUUCUCCCCAUGUCGUCGUGGGGUUUCCUCUGGGUACUCCGGUUUUCCCCUACAGUCCAAAAACAUGCUGAGGCUGAUUGGAGUUGCUAAAUUGCACAUAGGUGUGCAUGUGCGAGUGAAUGGUAUGUGAGUGUGCCCUGCGAUGGGCUGGCCCCCCAUCCUGGGUUGUUCCCUGCCUUGUGUCCAUUGCUUCUGGGAUAGGCUCCAGACCCCCUGUGACCCAGUAGGAUAAGCGGUUUGGAAAAUGGAUGGAUGGAUAUAUGUCUCUUUUGAUAUAAGAAACUUAAUAGUAUAUGAAGAUAUUUUGUUGACAUGUUUAUAUUGGACUUACUAACACAAAACCUGGCUUAGUAUUUGUUUUGUAUAUGUAUAAAAAACUGCAUCCAAUCAAUGGCAUGUCCCAACCUUGUGCCCUGUGCUACUUGGGAUAGGCCCCAGGCCCCCUGUGACCCCUGACCCCGACGAUGUUAGAAAAUGGAUGGUAAGGUGGAUAAAGGUAUGAAGCAAACACAUAGCCACUUAUUCAAAUUAUGAAAUUAACCCCUCCCCUUUGAAAUGCUUGCUCCUGACCAGGCACGUAGUCAGAUAUUAAAAUUACUGGUUUAGACUCGUCAAAAUUCACCCAUACCCCAGCAGUUUACUGGGAGGGGCCUAUGAGUAGGGUUGCCAGACCACCCUCCCCAGCCCUGUUUCUGGCUACGAGCUGAGCAUGAAGUGAUGACUUUGAGGCUGUGUGACUUCUUAUUGUGGUGAACGAGCUGCAUUUCAUUUUCACACAGAAACAUAAACCUGAGAGAUAUUUUCGACUGGCUACAAGUGUUGUGUCAAAUCAGGUUUGUUUUGUAGUGAGAUUUUAAACAGGGCUUUUACACAAAGAGAAGCACCCUCUUGUGUUUGAUACGUGCAUGCGAUUUCUUACACAAAGCUACGAUACAACCUUCAAUACUUAAUAUUUACUACUUUUAUUUUCAUAAGAUGAACACUAUUUAUAGAAUGUACAGCAGUUGUCUUUCUGGGGAUUUGUAGUUGGUGAGAUUCGUGAGAGUUUCAAACUGACUGAUCAACACCAAAUUCUUGUUUUGAGUCAUGUUUUAUCCUGGUCCGAUUUUGAGAACAUUCUUGUGUUAGUAACAUAUAGUUCUGUACAAUAAGCACUGAGGGCAGCCUGUUUUAUUUCUCUACGGGUGCUGCUCCUGUGCCAAGUUCUUCUCAUUUAGUUCAGUGAAACCAUUAAAAUGUAAAUGAUCUAACUGUAUUCUCCAGUUAGAUGAAAGUAACUCUGGUAAAAUAACUUACCCCAAUUCUCAGCUCACUGUGAUGUUGUACUGGGCAGAUAUGUAGCUGAUCUGUGCACGUUUUCUGUGUAAAUUUUAAUGUUUAGCAACAGCUGAGGAGAGAAACAGCCCAUUUAACACCCACAACAUCAUCUUUCCGUGCGCGUUUAUUGAAAACAAGGAAAUCAUUUUGGUUCUUUGCGUGGUCUGAUGUUAGGGGUGAUGCAAGAGUGCAAGUGGUGUAGGAAUGUCGUGUGCUUGUGAGCACCUGAGUGCAGGAUCUUUCACUUUGCAUCGGGGUUAACAAAGGUCCAGAGGAUCUGCCGUACAAACACUGACGGGGGUUGAUAUGGUUGCGACACAGUGUAUGUGAUGACUGAAACUUGGACCAUUUCGAAUAAUAGCCACUACUUCUGUAGCCCAGAGAUGUCAUUCAUUUUUCAGUAUGUUUUGUCGAUUUUCGCAUGUUUUACAGCGGAGUCCUCAUUUUUCUUCCGUAGAGAAGUGCCAACUUCUGCAUUUUGCUUUGCGGUUGUGAAGUAAUAAACACAUCUGGUUCAGCACGUCCACUUCCGUUAUUGAAUUGCUCUCUGCCUCCAACCCCUUCUAGCAAGUUUAGGUUACAGUCAUGUUCAAAUAAUCGAUGUUCAAAUUUCAUACAUUCCCCAGGUUUUUACGCUGUUCUUGCUUAUGAUCCUCUGCAAUACAGCCGUUACCUGUUUAAAAAAGGAAGCUGGUUUAGCUUUUGAAAUAUCCUUGUACAGUGGUAUUUAACCACAACCACAAGCCAAGUGUCACUUUUGUACAAUAAACUCUAGUAGACAUUGUUUAAAAUUUCUUAGUGGCUGGGUUUUACUGUGCCUGCCCAUUGAUUAUCCAGCAUUGUGGGACACUGAUACUGCUGUGAUGUACAUGAUUGUUAUAUGCAUACAAAUAAGUACUGCUAAAUAAAACUACAAUGACAAAACAAACAA